AUGAACAUUCUCAAUUUAUUUUUAUCAUUAUUCAUCAUUAUGUUAAUCACAUGGAGUAUAUUCUAUGUAAUUAGUCCUAACACUACUACUCAAUGGAUAGAUGAUCCAUUAGUGAAAAAUAGUCCCUCGGAUAUUUUAAACCUGAAGUUAUUCGACUUCAAAUGCUUUCUAUAUGAGAUUCCAUGUGAAUGGAAUAUUCAAUUAAGUGAAGGAAGUGAUGUACAACGAUGUCCUGUAAGUUGGUUAACUUAUGCAGAAUUGAAAAAGCGUAAUUAUACAACAAUUGUUAAACAACCAAAACUUAUUCAUAGUAAUCAUCUUACUAAACCAGACGAUAUAAUAGCGAAUUAUACACCAACUGAGUACAUUGAUCAAUCAGAUGUCAUUCUUAAACGUAAGUUAAUAUGUAAUUAA